UUCACAACGGAGUUAUAGAUUACUGAUUAAAAAAAACAAAUUGAAUUCAACCAAACAGUAUAAACGCCAAUCGAAUUGAAAAUGCAAUCUAAAGCAAUGGGGACGACGAGUGGGAGCAACGUGGAGGCGGGGUUCGCGAAGCUACAAGGCGAAGACUUCGAGUACUAUAUGCAGACCUACUCCAUAAUGCUCGGCCGCAACUCCAAGAAAUCGACUGUUGAUGUUGACUUAGCGAGCCUGGGCGGCGGCAUGAACAUUUCCCGCCACCACGCCCGAAUCUUCUAUGACUUCACGCGUCGCCGUUUCGCACUUGAAGUCCUCGGAAAAAACGGCUGCUUUGUCGAGGGCGUCCUCCACCUCCCAGGUAACCCUCCCGUCAAGCUCGAUUCGCAGGACCUCCUCCAAAUCGGCGACAAAGAAUUUUACUUUCUUCUCCCGAAGAGGAGUAUUCUCGGCGGGCGCCCUGGGCCUAGGCACCAUGUUUCGACUUACAAGACAAUGGGGACGGGGGCGGCUUCCGGAAGUGUAUCGCAUCAUGAUUACCAUGGCGGGGGGGAGACAGGGAGGACCGUGGGAUCCGUGGCGGGAUCUGCUGUGGUGGCAGCGGGGGCAAAGAAAGGGAAAGGAAGAGAAUAUUACGAGGAGGAGUACGCGGAGCAAGAGGAUGUUGGGAGUGCUGGGAAGAUGGCUAGGAGAGAAGAUUGGUAUGGUGGGGCAGAGGCCGGGUCCGGAGGAAGGGCGGGGUUGGCCGGAGGAUCAGAUCCUAUAGAGAAGGGAGAGGGAAAAUCAAGAGUUGACCGUGAAUCUGAUAAUCAACAACUUAUGCAAUUGGAAGAAAAGGAUGUUGUGUCAUCUGUAGCUACUGUGCUUUCUGAUAUGUGUGGUCCUGGAGAUUGGAUGCCCAUGGAGAAACUCCAUUCUGAGUUGUUAGAACAGUUCGGUAAUAUCUGGCAUCACAGCCGAGUUAGAAGAUAUCUUACAUGUGAGGACUGGCCUGGUCCAGAAUCCAAGGGGAAACCUUGGUAUGGUCUGCUUAUGUUGUUAAGAAAAAAUCCUGAACACUUUGUUAUCAACACAAGAUCCAAGGGCCGGGUAGCCCUCGAAUUCGUCUCUCUUGUAUCUUUGAUUUCAUAGUGUAAUGGUCGGGAAGCGUCAAAAGGCACUUGCCCUUGCUUGGUCAUCUUACAUGUCUUGAGAACCACCCAUAUUGAUCUAACAAUUGGCUUGUUGGGUAAAUGUAUCUGGAUGGCAUGGAAUUAAGAUUUAUUGCUAGCAUUUAUUAUUUUGCUGUUUUUUAGAUGAAUUCUCUGUACAUUUUAUGGAACUUUCCUUCCAGGAAAGAUUGCCUUUCAUGAAUUAUGCUGUUAUUAUACCGAAUAUGCUCGUAUUCACAUCCUUUUGAAAUUAUUUUGUGAACUCAACUGGGAUUGUUACAAUGAUACUAGCAGUUUUUAGAUGGUUACCCCUGCUAGCGGCAAUGCGAGUUAUGGUUAAUAACCUAGUUGGAAUGUCACGUGGUCAUUACCUCCUUGGAGGCCAAAACCGGAUUCAUUGAU